GGGAUCUCAAUGAACGCUGCUCCAGACGGGACCAGCCCCGGAGCCGGCUGCAGCAGCCAGUCACACCCUUGUCUGGGGGUUAGCGGACCCUGUCUGCAUCCUUCACGCCUAACGGGGUUUUAAUUACACCAGUGUUAACCCUGGACUUCAGAACAACAUCGGGAGUUAACUGGGAAGUGUGGACUGGAUAUGACUGACUCAUCAUCAUGGGACGAGCCGAGCAGAUAACCCCGAACCGUCUGUCUGCUGCAGUGACAACCAGACAGUCUCACACCUAGCUCCACGGCGCAGUUAUUCAGACAUCCUACUGGUUUGUUAUUAUAUACCCCCCCCUCGUAGUCAGGCAUCAUGAAUAGCCCGAUGUACACGUUUGUCACCCGUGACGACAACAGCACUGUUUAUGCAGAAGUUUCCAAAAUCCUCCUCUCGACUGGACACUGGAAGAGGCUGAAAAGAGACAAUCCCAGAUUCAACUUAAUGCUCGGUGAACGCAACAGACUGCCCUUUGGACGGCUAGGUCAUGAACCAGGACUGGUGCAGCUGGUGAAUUACUACAGAGGAGCAGACAAGCUCUGCAGAAAGGCGUCCCUGGUCAAGCUUAUAAAGACCAGCCCAGAGCUGUCGGAUUCGUCUAACUGGUUUCCAGAAUCCUACAUCAUCUACCCCACUAACCUCAAGACCCCUGUUGCUCCAGCUACAAAUGGCAUUACCCAUCUGAAGAGCAAUCCCAGGACGGAUGAGCGUGAAGUUUUCUUGGCCUCCUAUCACUCUAAAAAAGAAAGCGGGGAGGGCACAGUGUGGAUAGCAAAGUCCUCUGCCGGAGCUAAAGGUGCUGGUAUUUUGAUAUCCCAUGAUGCUAAUCAGCUGCUGGAGUACAUUGAUAAUCAGGGCCAGGUUCAUGUUAUUCAGAAGUACCUGGAGAAACCACUGCUUCUGGAGCCGGGGCAUAGGAAGUUUGACAUCAGGAGCUGGGUGCUAGUGGACCAUCACUACAACAUCUAUUUAUACCGGGAGGGUGUGCUGCGGACGUCCUCAGAGCCCUAUAACAGCUCUGACCUCCAGGACAUGACCAGCCACCUGACCAACCACUGCAUCCAGAAGGAGCAUUCCCACAACUACGGACGAUACGAGGAGGGCAACGAGAUGUUCUUUGACGAGUUCAGGCUGUACCUGCUGAACACUCACAAUAUCACGCUGGAGACAUCCAUAUUACCUCAGAUCAAGCAGAUCAUAAAGAGCUGUCUGACAUGUAUUGAGCCGACAAUCAGCACCAAGCACCUGUCCUACCAGAGCUUCCAACUCUUCGGAUUUGAUUUCAUGGUGGACGAGAGCUUCAAAGUGUGGCUCAUUGAGAUCAAUGGAGCUCCAGCCUGUGCACAGAAACUCUAUCCAGAGUUAUGUCAAGGUAUCGUGGAUGUGGCCGUUUCCAGUGUCUUCACCCUGAACAGCAGCGGUGACUCCUCAUCACCUUAUUCUUCCUCCCCGUCCUCCAGCUUCACCACCAACUCCUGCUCCUCCCCCAAACUGAGAGGGCCUCUCCACGUGGGCCCUUUCACUCGACUGUAAGCACACCGAAAAAAUCUUCCCUCUCGUCUCCUCUGUACAGCUUCUUCAUGCUCUGUCCUCACUCCUGAACUCUACCUGAGCAUUAGCACAUGACAGCGAGCCGAGCCUUUACUUGAACCUCUCCUGUCACGCCCGGAGAGGGAGUCUUUCUUUCUAUGGAAAUCACUGAGCUGCAGAAACGAUCUCUGCUCUCCUGAUUUAUGCAUAUGACGAAUGUGUAGAUGGCGACGAGCGGAUUCUGGGAGUUUCUGUAUUGAGGGCAGACGUCUUUCCAUCUCAGUCCCACCACCAGUUUCUCCACAAGCAGAGUAACGGAGCUCUACAGGAUGCAGAGACGCUCCGACCAAGACUGUAGUGCCUUACAUUUCCAGCCACGCUCCUUUAACAAGACUGCCAGCUAGCUUGCUCUGUUACUGUGUUUCGUACUUGUUAAAUAAGCCUUUGCACUGUUGCUCAGUAAAGUCAAUGCAGUCAUGAUCAGUCCACAAGAAUAAACCUAAAACGAAUGACUUGACAUUUGAGAUCUUAGUGAAUUUGUGUAAUUCUGACUGAAUUCUGAUUUUUCUCAUCAGCUUUCCUGCAGCUAUCUCUACCCCCUUACUUUACUUUAUAAAUGCGAACAGCGAUCAAUAGUUUAAACUUAAAAACACUAAAAAUACUAACCCAACUGUCUGAUGAGCUGAACAAUCAAGCAGUGAAGGUUUUCCUUGAUCAACAUUCCUCUUAACUUAGCCGCAUGGACACAACAUUUUAUUUACAUUCAGGGAAGCUGGGUGACUGAACAGGGAGACUGUCCUUCAUCUAAACCCAGGUUUAAGUCCGUCCCAACAAGUUUCCCUGACCUCUGACCCCUCUACGGCAGAGAGGAAAGAGAAAUGAAAUCUCCUAUGAAGUAUGAGUCUACAUUAUUCUGUUUUCAAAGUACUCCUUACAAAACAUAGUCUAGCUGCAGAUAUUCUUAAGAUAGUUUUAUUUGUCAUUUGAAGAGAGCAUGUUUGUGUUAAAGCAUGUUGUAGAAUGCAUCCUCAUUCAAGCCCUAAGCAUCUGCACCUUUUGGCCCGAUUGUAAAAAGAGCUGGCCUAACAUCUGUUUUAUUUCUGGUGUGAGAAAAGCUAGACUGUCAUUGUGAGGUGUUGUCAAUAAGUGUGUGGAUUAUGUUUUUGAACUGCGUAGUUAAGGUAGAGUAGAUUGUACAAAGAGUGUUAAAGAUCCCAAACGGACAGAGCUGUUGGAGACGGAGGACAUACGGCACUACUUCAUGCUUUUUUUUACUCUGGUCUUGUUAAACAUUCUGCGUCAAAUGUGUUAUUACCAAAGAGAAGUCAAGAGGACAGCCAGCUGUCAGAAAGUCACAUAGUUCUUCAUCCAUCACUGCCUCUUCUUCAGUUACUGUUUGUUUUUGAACAUGUCACAGUUUUUACACUUGUUUUGAGUUGAGUUGAUUUUUCAUGACAGAUAUUUUUUAUUGGUUUCAUGGGGUCCUUGAAAUAUUUCAGUUCCUUCACUUUUCUUUUGAUUAAUCUCUAUGUGAAUAGAUUACACAUUAGAUCUGUAACAGUCCAAGAUGACUUCAAACGUGAGACUUUAAAUUAGCUGAAAUUGUGUGACAGCUGCACUUUGGGGAGGUCGAUUGAACUGUUUAACUCCAGGCGCUCAUUUAAAGGGAAUAAGUCAUUAUAGGAGUUUUAGUAGGCGUGUCUUUCAUCAUGUUAGAAUCUCUGCUGAUCCUCUCCUCUAUCCUCAAUUCAAAUGUGUGAGUAACAUCUAUUAAGGGACAACAUCAGAGCAUUUAUUUAUGUUUUUAAACGUGGUGCAUUUGUGUUUACAAAAUGAAUCUUGGGAAAUGAAGGUUAUGUAAUUGACUGAAGGUCAGAGAGAUGGAGUAGUUACAGAGCAGGUUACACUGUCAAGAGAUGUGGAUAUUAUGGGAUAAAUCCCAGUGAGUAAUAACGUGAUGAAUACAUUUCUGUGAUGUAUUGCAGAGCCCUGAUGAAGCUGAAAUGAUGUAUGUGUCGGCAAAAGGGUCACGAUUGUUUGCUGUAUUUUGAAAUAUGGAGGCAAACUGUUAGUAUUUGUUGUAAUUACAUAGUUAAGGGAAACGUCUUUCCAUCAAAGGGAAGUUGCCUUAUGGGGGAUUGCUUAUUGAUAAAAAGAAGCAAUGGACCUCCAGCGUUUAAAUGCACCUUCAUUUUUUUAUAUUGAAGUGAUUUUUCCUCAUUCAUUAUACAACCUUCUUAAAUUCAAUGAUGUCAUUUUCUCAGUUUAUCAUGUUUUCCUCACAUUUCUCCUGGAUUUCCUCAUCUUUACCAAAGAUUAAAGUCCUGCUGUAGUUUAAGUGUAAAAACUGUUUUGGAGCUGUAAUCUGGACGUUAUCACAUCAAUUGGUCAACAGGAUCCAAAAUCAAGGAUCAUAUUCAGAGGGAUGUCUGUGCUGUGUUUUUGUUAGGUGAUGUUUUAUCCAAACUCUUGCAUGAACAUUUGUCUUGAUCAGAAACAAUAUUACGAGAAUAAAAAAAGUAUGACUAUUAUCAAACCAUGUCAUUUGUCCAUUUCUGCUUAAUGUGGUUAGUUUUCCAAAAUGUUCGACCAUACUCUAAUGAAUAUAGUUCUCAAUAUGAAACAACACUAAACAAAACAAGACACGUUUUCUGGACGGUGAAUGCAGCUUAUGUUUAAAAUACACUGAGUGGCCAGAAAGAGGCUGAUGUGAUGUCAAAUGCAACAACAGCCCUGUAAUAGAUGUUCAAAUGUUCUUUAUUGUUUGUUGACUUAAUCUUGUUUUUGAAUUUCACUUUAAUUGAAUAGAAUUAUGAACUUCAG